AUGCAGCUCGGGUUUUUCCUGCUGGUGGUCGUUGCUGCGCUGGCUGCAAGCUUGGAGGCUGUUAUAGCCUCCGCCGAUAUGGCCAUCACGCUCUUAGAGAAGGACUCUGUGGACGUCGCCAGACACUCCAACACUGCCGUUUCGGCUCACGGCGGCAGGUUCUUGAGAGCCCACGAUAACGGCGCUCAUGACCCCUACGACAAGUCACCCGAUGACGAGAGAACAAGCACGUGGUACAAACAAGCGAUGAGAUUGAUCAAAGGAGAACCGGUUUUGAACAGAAAAUUUAGAUCGCCUCCGACCGCGGAUAAACUGAAGAGAUCGAAAUCACUCUCCUCUCGAAAUGCUGCGGCGCCGAAGUGGACUCGAUCCGAAUCGCUUCCGAAUUUAAACGCUAUCGGGCUCGAGGAUGUCUUGCAGAAGGGCGAAAAGGCUCUCAACAAGGACUUCAAAACCAUGAUCAAGUUGAAAAAGACAUGGUCAACCAUUUUCAUCUCGACAAAAAGCCUGUGA